AUGACAUUUCAUGAAACCUUUAAACGAAAUGUAGCGAAGAAGUGGAGAAGAAUAACGGCUACUUCCAUGACAAAGCUCUUUGUUCUCACAUCAAUACUUCAAACCAUAGCCGUCAUCGCGAUACAGGUUAAAGUCUAUGUUCGAAACCUGAAUUUUAUCAAUUACCAAGAUUUUAUCUACGAUCAUGCCAAUGAUCAGCAAAAUCUUCAUUGCAUUGGAAAACUCGAUCUAAAUCACAAAAGUUUCCCGUAUAUUGCCUAUGAUAAUCUAUUUUAUAUAAUGUUUCAGCUGUUUCAGCUGUAUUUUUGUUUUAAUGCGAUAUUUCACGAGCACGUUAUCCAGAUCAUUUCGAUUGCUGCAUUAAAUUUUGGAUGGGCUGUUUAUGGGAUUAUCCAAGCGAUCGAAAUCCACGUGGCGAAUGGAAAAUUAUCUGAUUACUCAAAUUGCAUCAAUACCUCUUUCGAUCCCGGAUUUUGGGAGAACGACUUUCCCUGCGUGAUAAUAUUGUUCUUCUUUGCAUGCAGCUUGGGUUAUAUCUCGUUUAAAUUUUAUCACAUCGCCACCACCGUCUUAAGCAUCAUAUUGGAAUUUAUUGCUUAUCGAUCGGUCGCAAGCGAAUCGAAGAAGGGGAUGAUUGUAUUCUUAGUAUUAUGGUUUGCCGUAAUAAUUGAUUUUCUCAUUAUUCUCGUGGGUUCCAUCCAAUUUUUCAACCAACUUGGAAAUGUUUGGAUUUUCUUGCUUACCAUAAUAAUAGUAUUGUCUGCAACAUCAGUGCUACUGGUAGUGUAUGGAAUAAUAGUGCUAAGAAAUUUCGGCAGUGGGCUGAAAGAACUACUUCAAAGAAGGAAGGCCAUGCUAAACUCCGUGGGCACCGAAUAUGGAACGCCAUCCAUUCCUUUGAAUCACUUGUGGGAUAACCUUGAAGGAAACCUUGAACAGCAAUCAAAGGGCAAUGCAAAGUGGUCUAUUGAUGAUUGA